UUAAACAUAUCGCCGUAGAGGCAACAGAUAGAAAUGGCGAAUUUCCGUGGAUUUUAUAUACCUUCCUUUGGUGCAACGGUCAACGUCGCCUGGGAGACUUUAAAGGCCGUAUGGCCAGAGAACAGUCCGUGCAUGGAGCUGAUUCGCAGCGGUGGCGCCGGUGGCAUGAGCCAGGGCCAUCCUCAAACCCGAUCCGGUCAGGGCCAGUUCAAAUCCUUCGACGAAGGUCAUGAUAAUACCGAGAUGAUGACCAUGAACGGGGAUCAGGCAUAUCGAGAUCAGAACAACGUGGGGAUCGCUGAGGACUCGUUCAGUUAUCAGAGAAACGGGGACAAAGUUAGAACUGGAAGCAUGAGUAGCGGAGAAUUUAGCGAAUAUGACGAGGGUGGCGGAGAAUUCGGAGUGGGUGUUAAGAUCAACGAAUGGCAAGCUGCUUGGAAUGUUACAAAUGCUAUUCAGGGAAUGUUCAUCGUUUCUUUACCGUUCGCCGUCUUACGUGGCGGUUAUUGGGCGAUCGCCGCAAUGAUUGGCAUCGCGCACAUCUGCUGCUACACCGGCAAGAUUCUAGUCGAAUGCCUCUACGAGCUAGACACGGUGACGGGUCAACGUGUGCGCGUACGAGAUUCGUACGUAGCCAUCGCCAAGGAGUGCUUCGGGCCGACGUGGGGCGCCCGUGCUGUCAAUAUUGCGCAGAUCAUUGAGCUGCUGAUGACCUGCAUUCUAUACGUGGUCGUGUGCGGCGAUCUGAUGAUUGGUACUUUCCCCGAGGGCGCUAUCGACACACGCAGCUGGAUGAUGCUAAUCGGCAUAUUCCUGCUGCCGCUUGGCUUUCUCAAAUCCCUGCAGCACGUCUCCGUGUUGAGUUUCUGGUGCACAAUGUCUCACCUCUUCAUCAACGCGAUCAUCAUCGGUUACUGUAUCCUGGAGAUUGGUGACUGGGGCUGGUCGAAGGUGAAGUGGACGAUUGACAUGGAGAAUUUCCCAAUCUCCCUUGGUGUGAUCGUCUUCAGCUAUACAUCGCAGAUCUUUUUGCCGACCCUCGAAGGCAAUCUCAUCGAUCGCUCCAAGUUCGACUGGAUGCUGAACUGGAGCCAUAUCGCCGCGGCAGCGUUCAAAUCACUCUUCGGCUGGAUCUGCUUCCUGACGUUCCAGAACGAUACACAGCAGGUGAUUACGAACAACCUGCACUCAGCCGGCUUCAAGGGCCUGGUGAACUUGUGUCUUGUCGUCAAAGCGGUGCUUUCGUACCCGUUGCCAUAUUACGCAGCCUGCGAGCUCCUCGAGCGCGCCUUCUUCCGCGGUCGACCGAAAACAAUCUUCCCAACCAUCUGGACAGUGGAUCGGGAGCUCAAAGUCUGGGGUUUGGCUUGGAAGAUCGGCGUAAUCGUGUUCACCAUUCUAAUGGCGAUCUUCAUACCGCACUUCAGCAUAUUGAUGGGCUUCAUUGGUUCUUUUACCGGGACCAUGCUUUCAUUUAUCUGGCCCUGCUAUUUCCAUCUGAAGUUGAAGAGGAACUCAAUGGAGUGGAGCGCCGUUGCUUACGAUUGCUUUGUCAUUUUUCUCGGUGUUCUCUUUGGCGUAAUCGGCGUCUACGAUUCUGGCUCUGCGCUGAUCAACGCCUUCGAGAUUGGCCUACCCUUUUGAGCAAUCUCGCGCCAAUUAGAUCGUUCGUUGUUCUUAUUCUGUAGCAAAAUGAUAUUAUACGGAAACGCUCUCAGGCCAUAUUUGUUUCUCGAUUUUAACACGUUGCUCGGUAUACAUGCAAUAAUUGUUGAUACAUGCAGCUAGGAGACUGGAGAAAAUAUAAAAUAGAAGCGAUAAUUGA